AUGAAAUUACCACGUACUUUUUGGCAGCGCAAGAUUAUCCACCGAGACCUGGCAGCUCCAAAUGUAUUAACUGUUGAAAGAAAACCGAGUAAAGUGACAGACUUUGGAAUGGUCAGAGAUGUUCAACAGGUCAACAUUUAUGAAAAAACGACAAAGGGUCGACGUCCUCCAAUUAAAUGGACUGCUUAUGAAGUUCUGUUGUAUGGAACCUAUACCACCAAGAGCGCUGUAUGGCGCUAUGGAGUUGUCCUUUACGGGAUUUUUACCAUAGGUAACUUCUUAUGUUUAUGUAUUUUUUACCGGUACUUCUGCUCAAUUCGCGACAAAGAAACAUAGACACAAUUUCUGUUUUUUUUUUUUCCCCCACAAACUGAAGUGCCGCAACACGAGAAGCUGUUAAGAAAAAAAAGAAAACACGAGUUGUUCUCCUAAACCAUUGCAAUGUUUUCAUAAUUCCAUGGAAAUAAGUCUUUGCGCUUUUGCCCCAAAAAAGGAGUCGUUCGUGCUUUUCUGUAGGUGGUUCACCGUAUGCAGGAUCGGGUGGCAGAAAAAUGACAAGCCUACUUCAGGGAGGAAAACCAAUGCCUAAACCACAACAUGUGGAUAAUAAGUUAAAAGUCUGGUCUUUAAAAAUUUAACCAGCCUUUCGUAGGGCGCAAUAAUACAUGGACACGUGUAAGUGAAAUUUUGAUACCUCAGGCGUUUAGUGGAACCUUACACCUUUUAGCAAUUACCGUUAUUCGUCAUCUUUUGACUAUCUGCUG